AUGCAUAGAUCCGCCACCGAUGAACUUUUGAGCUACAUGAAUUCGCAGCAGCCAUCCAUCCUUUUCACCAUGGAGAUUGAGUGCAAUGAGCGCAUUGCCUUUCUAGACACUAUGGUGCACCGUGACACCAGCAGCCGACUGUACACCACCGUAUACAGGAAGCCCACGCACACCGAUCAAUACACUGCUUAUGAUUCACAUCACCCAAAGUCUGUUAAGCACAGGGUAGUGAAGUGUCUUUAUGACAGAGCUUCACGCAUCGUUACUAGGCCCCACUGCACAGCUAUAGAGAAGCAACACAUCACCUUGGCUCUUAUUUCUAAUGGUUACCCACGCUCUUUCGUUAACCACGUCGCUAUGAAGAAGAACACUCCGUCCAAACAGCCUGCGGCUGUAGUAAUCCUGUUUGUUGAUGGUAUCGUGCAUCUUCUCCGCUGGCGCUUGGAGAAGCAUGGCAUCCAAGUUAUAUCAAGUCCUACAGCAUCCGCAGCCAGCUGGUCCGUUCGAAAGACCGCUAGAUCCCUGACAGACGUGAUGGGGUUGUUUAUGCUCGAUUUGCGACAAAGUCUACAUUGGUGA